AUGUCCAGGGCUCAGAUCUCGGCUCUGGUGUUCGGCGUCGGGGGCUUUGGCGCUCUCGUCGCGGCCACCGCGUCCAAUGAGUGGAAAGUAACCACCCGAGCAUCCUCGGUGAUAACGGCCACUUGGGUUUACCAGGGGCUUUGGAUGAACUGCGCAGGCAACGCCCUGGGUUCUUUCCACUGCCGACCGCACUUUACUAUCUUCAAAGUAGAAGGUUACAUCCAGGCGUGUAGAGGACUUAUGAUUGCCGCUGUCAGCCUGGGCUUUUUCGGUUCCAUAUUCGCCCUGAUUGGCAUGAAAUGUACCAAAGUCGGAGGCUCAGAUAAAGCCAAAGCUAAAAUUGCUUGUUUGGCUGGGAUUGUAUUCAUAUUGUCAGGGCUGUGCUCAAUGACCGGGUGUUCCCUGUAUGCAAACAAAAUCACAACAGAAUUCUUUGAUCCCCUCUUCGUGGAGCAAAAGUACGAGUUAGGAGCUGCUCUGUUUAUUGGAUGGGCAGGAGCCUCACUCUGCAUAAUUGGUGGUGUCAUAUUUUGCUUUUCAAUAUCUGACAACAACAAAGCACCCAGAAUGGGAUACACGUACAAUGGGGCCACAUCUGUCAUGUCUUCUCGGACAAAGUAUCACGGCAGAGAAGGAGAUUUUAAAACCUCAAACCCUUCAAAACAGUUUGACAAAAAUGCUUAUGUCUAA